AUGCGACUCCUUUGUCUCCACGGCCAUGGAACAAAUUCGCAGAUUCUUGAGGCACAGUUGGAGCCACUACGAAGCCGCUUGCCAGGGCAUUGGGAGUUUGAAUUUCUAGACGGGGAGAUGGAUGCUCCUCCACCUGCAGGUAUCAGUGAAAUCUUCCCUGGACCUUAUCUCUGUUAUCAUGGAGAACCUAUUCCAGAGGAUGUACAAGCCGCCUAUGAAAUGGUCUUGAGCGUCGUCCAAGAGGAGGGACCGUUCGACGGAGUGAUAGGAUUCUCCCAGGGAGCAGCAGUGGCAUCGACGAUGAUUGCAGCUGAGGCAGAAAGAAACCCUGAGUCCGAGCCAUUCAAGUUCGCCAUUUUCUUUUCCGCAACGAUGCCGUUCGACUUAUCAGCUGGACAAUUACAUCUAACUCUCAUUGGUGAUGACCUGACAGCAGUUCACCAAGACUCUGAUGGUGAGGAUCUGAAAGACAAUGACAUCGACUGGCUCAAGGAUUGUCGAUCAGUAGGAGUGAUUGAGGAGUUUGAAUCCAGAAGACCUCGCAUCGCUGGGGCAUCGCAGGAACCACAGAGCAUUGAUGUUCUUCUGCGCUUUCACCCAUCUACACACGGACAAAGAAUUCACAUUCCAACUGUUCACAUCAUUGGGCUCAAUGACAGUAUGGCGAACCAAGGAAGAGAUUUGGCUGGAAUCUGCGAUCCAAAGCUUGCACAGAUUGUCACUCAUGAUGGAGGGCAUCAAUUGCCUAGAGAUGCAGGAACUGUAGGCAAGGUAGCGGAAGCCAUCCAAUGGGCUGUGGAGCGUACUAUUUUUUGUAACUAG